CUUGCAGGUAUCGUUGGCAGAAGCAAGAGGUUGGAUGUCGGAAACGUCGGAUUUUGAACAUCUACAACUUCUUGCUUCAUCUACUUCUUCGACUCCUCCUGCAUCUUCUAAAUCUAGUGGUACUAGCACAACGAUUUCGCCGCAUGCCCAAUUGGAGGCCUUAGAAGCAUUGGGGAUGGGCGCUGUGGCGGCACCGAACUACACGACGACUGAGCAGGGAAGCGUGACUGCCGAGAAGUUGUUUUCUCAACUUUCGGACUACAACGGUUUGAUCGUAUUCACUAAGAACGAGAACGAUACGGAUACCUUCCUCGUGGGCGCAUUGAAGGAGCAGGAGGACAAAGCUGCUUCUACUUCAUCUUCUGGAGAAAAGAAGAUGAAGAAUUACGAUCACAUGCUAGCCUUGCGCUGCGAUUCUAAGGACGGGGCGACCCUGCGAGUAACUUCUAUGCGGCAUUUGACCCAAGCGGUUUUGGCGAGAGCCGCGGUUGACAGUAAAGACAAGGAUCCUUUGAUCGUUCACCCGGACGGCAUUGAUUCACUGCUUAUGUGUCCCAAGGACAACACCACUCAAGCAGCGAACUUGGUUGAGCAGUCUCCGUGGGCGCUUGUGAAUCCGAGCUGCGCGGCAGCAGUUGCGGCGCAAGACUGGGGAAACACGCGCAUGCUGAAACUGAAUGAGGGCGAUGUUGUGCUCAUUGACCGAUUUCUGGCAGAUGUUGAAAUAGUCGGCGAUAAUGCAGCAAGAACUAGUGUGGUAUACGAUGGCACGUCUCUUCUAUCUGCCUCAUGCUCAGAUGCGACCAGCAAAGAGAGCCCUCUUCUUUCAACUGACUCUACAUCAAGUACUAACCAUCUCCUUUGGAGUCAGCAAGCGAAAAAGUCACACGACUGGGAGCUGCGACAGCGCUCAUCGCCUAAAAACUACGUGCAUAGCUUUUCGAUUCUGACGCCACUGGAAAAAGACAUUGCUCUCAAGGACGAUAUGGUUGCAGCGCACAAACUGAUUUCGCAUUUUGAUAUGGACGAGCUCGUCUGGAACCACAUAUCGGCGCGCUCAUUUGCACGACCACACCGCUUCUUUAUUUCCAAUGGGGACAAGAUUUAUGAUGGUGAAGAUUCUAGUGCUAUCUAUGUCAGAGUAGUUUAUAGCACGCAUGGUGCAUGGAGUAGCAUGCAGUGCAUGGAGCGCAGAGCUUUAAGGGGCGCAAGAAGCUCCCCCUUUAGCUCCAUGCUACUCCAUGUGAUCCAUGCACUCCAUGCCGUGCGAGCCGUGAAACCUUAUCAAUUUCUCUGCUAUGUAUACCUCCUUCCGAGUUCGCUUACUUAUUUGGUUCUGCUGUCUUUGUCUACUCCACCUUGAAGUUUUGCUUUUUGUCUUUACAAUAGGGAGCAGCUCAACAACAGCAACACCUUCGUCCUUUCUGCUCCCUUCCUCUUGUCUACUUACUCCCUUCCUAUCAAUUCUUUCAUACUCUGUUCACGACAAUGACUCCACGAGAUAUGGUGUUGGACGGCCAGGGGUCGAAUAAGACGGGUCAUGUCAUCCACUCUGCCGUGUAUCAGGCGAGGCCAGAUGUUGCGGCUGUCGUGCAUGCGCAUUCUCCCGCUGUUGUGGCUGUAUGUUGCCUCAAAAAUGGACUGGAGUUAUGACGAAUAACCAAAAAGUCGUAGUCCUUGCUCAUCAUCUGGUCUUUCUUUUUCCUAGUUAGGUCUGCACCACCCCAAAUAUAAGUAGAAGGAACAAGAUGGUAGUACUAGUCUCACUGCUCGAGUACUACAACUACAACACUGUGUUGUCGCAACAACACAACAACUGUGUCUCCUCAUCCCCCUCUAAACACAUUGCUAGACCAGCGUGGCGGUGCGCAUCUUGGCAAAAUCGUUUACUACGAUUGGCAAGGCAUUAGUGAUUCGGCCGGCGAGUGCAGAUCCAUUAUGGAUUGUGCGGCCGUGUCUGGGGACAAUGUGAACACAAUUUUGAUGCGACAUCACGGCGCGCUGGUCCUCGGGAGAAAUGUUCGAGAGGUAUUGGAUGAUUUCUUUGUUGGACUCGUUUUACAUUUCCCUGUAGGGGUACUACAAAUCAGCGGUGGGCAACAGAUGAAACUUGCUCGUUUCUUAUGAAAAAUAACCCCGGUUAUUAAGCUGAAUAAGGUUAUUCUCGAAUUAGUACUAUUACAGGCCUUCGUAAACUAUUUCUAUUUGGAACGUGUUUGCCAGACGUGGCUGGAAGUCGCUUCUACUGGCCUGGAAAUGGAAUGGCCGAAUUUAGAUGUGGCUCGCCAAAGUGCCGCUUUCUUCGACUACCCCGAAUAUCGUCCAGGAAAUAAGGAGUGGCAGCCGCUCCUCGACUAUCUGGCGUUAAAGGAAAAAGGUGGCGCUGGAGGUUUAACGGGCGGAAAAAAGUAAACCACGUCUAAAAGUUUUCUUCUUCUUGCAUAUUACCUUUAACGAUUUGCAAAAUUAAGGAUAUAACUACAAUUAGAUGGGCUUCCUGCAUCAUACUACGCGUACUAAAAUUUUGUACUUGAUGACAUGAGCAGGCUCCACCUCUUUUAUCUUUCGUCCUCAUCGUCGUACUACACGAGGAGAUAAAAUGAAGAGCAUAUUAUAUUUCCGUGUCUACUUUGCAGUAUUUUUGUUAACUGGUUUUAAUACAUCUUCCCACCAAAAAAUGCGCUUAAGCAUAAACAUGAUUCGUCUCUUCUUAGUUUCCUAGUGCAGGGCUAGUUCUCUGUCUUUAAUUAAUCACCGUCUAACUCUUCUCUCUUCUUAGUAUUACUUAGUUUCUUAUCCUUUGUUGAUAAAAUGCCGUCCCCUUUCGCGGAUCGUCAUACGAGGCUUUUGUAAUUGUGCAAGAAUAAAUGCACUAAUUUUAACGCCAACAGCUUUGAUGAAGGUGAAGCACCUAAAAGUUUUGACCGUCCUGUUGCAACCUAGAUAUAGAUAGAUUCAUAUCGACAUAAAUAGUCGUGUUCUGACACAAAAUGAACGACGUAGAGAUUCUUAGAAGAUACACCAAAGAACUCUGAAAAAAUUCUAAAAAAAAUUCUAGCACUAGCUAUCCAACCAACAUCAGAAUGAAGAAGUGAUGGCAUUCCGUCAUUCCUUCUCCAGAGGACCCUCGUGUUGAUAUCGGGGAAGAUCAUUCGAAUUCUAAACCCACCACAAGCUCAAGCACAACUUUGAAUAAAAAAUAAGUGACAAGACAGAGCAAGACUAAAUAGACCUAGAACUACAUCAACAAACUGCCUACUCUACUGCUUCUGUUUCAUUGAAUCAAUCGACACCGUGGUG